CAGCCGUGUUUUGGUUUAUAGUUCGAACUCGCUCUCCGGCGGAGAGAAAACGAAAUCGAAGGAGAAGGGAACGACACGCUUCAACUUCGCAGGAAACAGAAGCAAGCCAGUAUGGAAGACAUAAAUUUGAAUGAGCCUGAAAAGAUCGGAGACUCCUUGCUGCAUUUGAAGGAACUUAUUAGUGGCGAAGAGUCGUUGGACUGCCCCAAAGAUGAUCGAUUUCUGCUGAAAUUUUUGCGUGCCCGAAAGUACGACGCUGAUGCAGCCUUCAAGACUAUUCAGAAAUACUUUAGAGCGAGGCAAAGCUACCCAGCCAUCUUCGGCGAGUUUUCACCAUCGAGGAUGCUCUACGACACCAUAAUGCGACAAAACAAGCUUCUCGCAGUAUCUUCGAAACGAGAUGGUCUGAGGCGACCUGUCCUCCUAGUCAAAACAGGAGCCUGGGACACCUCCAUCUGCACGCUCGACGAAUUCACGAAAGCGUGCCUCAUUCUCGCCGAGUGGCUGCUGCUCAACGAGGAAGUUCAGAAGCGAGGAAUCGUUUGCGUGUUCGACUACAAGGGUCUCGGCCUGCACCACCUUACGCAAUUCACACCGUUCGCGGUUCAAAGGCUCAUCCACGUUGUCCAGGACUGCUACCCUUUGAGAGUGAAGGCAGUUUACGUGGUCAACAGCCCGCCGAUAUUUGACAUGCUCUUCCCAAUUGCCAAGACAUUCCUGAAGUCCAAACUAAUACAAAGGGUCCACCUGUUCGGCGCUGACUUGGCUAAACUGCACGACGUUGUUCCCGAAGACAUGAUUCCCGAGGAAGCGGGAGGAACGCACGAGAGCUACGACUACGACAAGCUGGAGAAGGAUCUGCUUAGUCACUGUGACUACUUCGAGGAAGUGAACCGCUACGGCUACGGAAAGGAGAGCACUCACUGCUAAUACAUCGAAACGUCCACCUGUAUAUUAGCGCCUAU